GUAGAGUUUUAAGCGACUAAAGCGUCUGCACGACUUCCGGCAACAACAAGCUUAGUCUGAUGAUUACGGGCUUCGAUUGUUAUUAAAGCGUGUUUUGUCGGCCAAUGGACGACCCGGACGAGCAAAGAUCUAGUCAUAAUAACCUAGACGAAAUCCAGCACGAACUUUCGGAGUCUGACUCUGCUUCGUGCAAUAGCAUUAGCAAUCCCUAUUACGACGGCCCAAUUGGAGAUGAAACUGAAGGUUCGAGUGAGGGAACUCAGCCAUUAGAAAGACGAGGCAGCUCUCGGAGUGUUCAUCUCAAACAACCAAUUAAAAACAACGAAGUAGUCAUAGUAGCGCUUGAUCUUGGUUACUUCAAAACAUGUAUAGGCUUUUUGCGACUGACUCAGCUGAUACUUACUUCAGUAACAUUGAUGUGCCUAGUUCUGUCAGGCCAUAAGGAGGGAGGACUCCUUCUUUUGCCCCUCAGCUGGCAUUUUCGCAUAAUGCUAUUUGUGCUGGUAUUGACCUUUCUUGUCUCACUGGUCUCGCUUGUUGCCAGCGUGACAACUUUAACAGCAAUGUUUGCAAUAGAAUGGAAUUUUGUUGACAUGGUACUCUAUUCAGUAUUUGCAUUUCUAUACCUGGUUGGAACCUCCUUGGUAGCCAGUGCUUUUGACUUCUAUCAGAAAAUGAAGACCAACGUUUCAAACCAGACUGUGCAACAGCUGAUGGUUGUUGUGAUUCUGGGUUAUAUUUGUAUGGCAGUUUAUGGAAUGACAGCACUAGUCAGCUAUCGCCAGUGGCGUCUCCAAUACAGGUUAUAUCAGCGUCGCAAACUGCUGGAAGAGGAUGAGAUUGAUCUGUAAAAGGAAGACAAAAGCCAAGUCAACUUACCUGGCUCACUUUUCUGGAUAGUGAAAUGUUCUUGGUGAAACGUCCUAUGGGCCACUGGGCUAGGGAACUUUGAGUGGUUUGCAUUGUUCACCAAAAUUAGGAAAUGGCGUGUUCAAGGUGGAUCCAGGCCAUCUUCUUCUACCUUCCCUGGGAUAUCAGGUAUUCAGUGCUAACUGGGCAUGUGGAACUUUUUGUCCCAGGCCUAGGCAAACCAGAUCAGUGACCUCUGUUCUUAAUAAUAAUAAUAAUUAUGAUGAUAUGCUAUCCACUAAAAGAUACAAAUGUGGCAGUGGAAAAUUUUCAUUCCCAGCAAUGCAGACAAUGUGAAAUAGAACGUAAACAUAAUUAUAUGCAGGAAGAAUAAUUAUGUUUGGGAAAGAUAAUUAAUGCACUAACCAUCAGACUGUGGUGUUUGCUCCAAUUUUAUAAUUAAUCAUCUAAAAUUGUAUCUGCCAAAAGUGUUUGUGCAAUAAGUCAUUCCGUUAAUUUCUGUUGCAUUUCUGAGUUAGAUUUUAACAUACUUGUGAUGCACUGUCAUCGAUAGGCUUCACCUCUAGAGGUGUGCUGAUGCUUCUUUGGACUUAGGGUUAUAAUGCUUUGGAAAUGCUUUGACUGACAAUGAUCCAAGCCCUUUCAUUGCAUGUUUUCAAGAGCUGUUUAGACAAGCAUUUUGCAGACCUUCAUUUCUAGAUAAAGUUUCCCAUUUGUCCAGAUCAUUUUUGACUAAGAAAUCUGCAGGAGGAGAGUGUAGUUCCACAAAAGUUUGAUUUCAUCAUUGAACCUCAUUAGCCCCAAGGCAAUGACAUACCAGUAUGACUACAAUUUAUAGUACAAAUUAAAUCAGCUUUAACAAGGAUUGAGGCAAUAGUCAGAUUAUUUGCCAUCUAUCUAGAGCAUGCUGUUCUUUCUUGUCAUGUGGCAUCUGUUUAUUGGGCUGGCCAUAGUAUAGCCUUAGCUGCUGGCUCAGCAUAAAAUGCCAGUUCCAUCUCCACCUGCCAUCUAUCAGUUUUAAUGAGGCAAUAGUCACCAUGCAUGGUGCUCCUUUUAUCUCUCUCUCUUUCAUGGAACAAAUGAAUGCCAAUUAUGAUGUCUGCACUACACUUACUUGGCUCUCUGAAUGGCCAGAGAAAGUUCAGCACAUGACAAUGUUGAUGGUAGUGUUGUUGAAGAGGAUAAAGAAGAUGAGCUAUUGAACAAAAGAAACUGGAGGGUCAUAUUAGUCAUAUCAGACAAACUUAAAUAGAAUGUAUUCAAAAGAUGAACUUUUUCAGAAUACCUAUCCUUUAAAAAAAAAUUACACUUAAAAUUAUGUAUUUGUAAUGUUUCAGGGAUCUUCAUCAAAGUGAUAACUUUAGAGGUGUGUUAGCACAGUCAUGAAUUUCAGUCAUGAUGUCCACAUGUAAAAAUGUAUAGAAUGUGCAGGGGAAUGAAUAUGAAGCAAUAGCUUGGCAAUGCAGAAAGUUAAUAUCAAGCAUGAAUUAAACAUGGUUUAAGCGCUAAAGUUUUAAAGUUACAAUCUCAAAAAGAUUGAACUCACUUUAUAUGUAGUCCCAAUAACAUGAGAAGAUAGUUAAAUGGUUAGUGUUGCCAUCAGUUUUAUAACUGUGUAGUGAGUCAGAUGACCCAGCUGACAGGAAUAGGUCCUGACUCCUUAAAGGGUUGAAGAAGGCAGCUAAGGAGAGGAGAUGGGCACCACCCUUAUGUAUACCUGGCCCCAAGAAAAGCGAGGUCUUUAAAACCUCGCUCCCCAGCGACCUGAAAAGGGAUGACCUUUACCUUUACCUACCUUUACCAAUAACAUGAAUUUAUGCUUAUGUAUUCCAAAGUAUUAUAUGUGCAAUAUGUGGAGCUAUUUUUUGUUCCAAGUUUAUUUUGUUGUAUAUUUUAUCUUUUACAUGAACUUCUGUGUAUUUAUAAUUUUCAGAAGCAUUAUAUUGUGAAUAAAGAAAGCUGGAAGUUGCUGGUAACAUUUCAAUGUUGACAUCUUGAAACAGAUUUGAAAUUGAUGAUAUUUGAAAGGGGAAGUCACUCAAUGUUGUAGUCAGAGAAUUUUGGGGUUUUUUUUCCACCAUCUUUAUAGGUAUUUAACUGUUCAGGAUCUUUUCCCAGCAGAUAUUUGUUUUGGUAUGCCUUUACCUACCUGUAGUUGUCAAUAUUUGUACAACAAGGUUGAAUAAAUUUAAUAUUCACGAUGGAUAUUUAAAAAACUUACAUAAAAAGCACAAAAGAUUGAUGAACUAUGUUAUUACUUUUCUUGCUCUCACUCACCUGUUUCCAUCACCUGUGUAUGGGGGUGAUCCUGGUGUGCGUGCAAGAGGGAGAAAGUGAAAAUAAGCGGUGAACUAGUCAUAACCUGCCUAUUUUGUUCAUUGUAAAAAGUAAAUUAAAAUGUGUUCAUAGUAAAAUGAUAUUCCUUUUGAAAAUAUUCCAUCUUACCUGUACUGCAGUUUUAAAAAUUGGAAAUCAGUGUUGUACAUGUGUAAAAUAUGAUUCUGUGAAAUUAAGAGCUGAAAAAUGAUUUCAAGAUGGAGAUAUAGAUUAAUGUCCACUUGUAUUGCUACAUGUUUUUUUGAUGUGCCAUAGAUAUUUCAUUGUUUUGCAAAGAAUGAUUAUAAAAUUAACAGUUUUGGUCAUUGGGCUGUGAUUGCUGAGAUUUAGGCAUGCGCCUGGGAAUUAGUUAUGUCAGAAUCUCUUGGGGCAUUCAUUUGGGUUUUUCUAGUCACAUUUAUCAGGCACUUCAGCGGCCUAAUUUUUGUCAUAAAUCCAGAAAGUGAAUGCAUGCUUUUUAACCAGCUCCUUAUAGGGUGCAAGGAGUCUGUUUUCACUAUAUGACUCUUCAGUCCAGUCCUAAAGAACAUGACAUUUGUACUUCGAACAUGAACUGAAAGUGAAACAUGUGUGCUGGAAUUCACCUUCCUAAUAACAAAAAUAUAGACUGAAGAUUUGUGAAAUUAGCAUAAAGACAUGCAGACAGUUACACUACUAAAACAUAUUCAUCUGAUGAAUCAUGGGUGUUUGAAUUAUGCACACCCCUCUCGAGUUAUAUGCCACUGGUUCGAUGUGUUUUUAUAAUAAACGGUAAAGAUAUAUAUCUUUUUAUUUGCCUAAUUCAGCAGGCAUGUGAUUCAAAUCCAAUAGCAAGCAUAACCAUUGGCAGUUAAAAGGAGUUUUUUUGCUUUUUCUCAACUGUCCAAAACUCUGAAGUCUUUGACAACCUGGACAUCAGACAUCCUUGUUGUGUGUAAAAAUCAUACUGUUGGAGAGGACAUUUCUUUGACAUACUUUUUUUUUAUUAGAAAAAUGCAAAUAACAUGGUUAAUUGUAUUAGCUGUAAAGACCUGACAUAUUCCUUUGACAUGCAUAACUAGAGGGAGGUUGUCUCAUGACCUUACAGUUGUUGGGGAGUAAAGUGUUUGAAGCCCCACUUAUUCUGGGGUCAGUUUUUUCAGAGUGUGGUGUCAAUCACUUCUUUCUCACCUUCCCUAACUCUUUAAAACUACCAUUUCACAGUUACAUCAACUGAAGAAAGUGUGUUGCUUCACAUGGACAUCAAACUAAUGGAUAUAAUAUACAAUUUAACUAAAAAUCUCUGCUUUUACUUUUUAUACUUUAAUAAAUUCAACACAAAACAUGCCCAAAUAUAUGGACGGAAUCAACUUAUGUCAAUUUAUAUUCAUACUUUUAAGACUUAUACUAUUUUUGUUGGAAGCAAGUGUUAGAAAUUUUUAUUGCACUCAGAUAAAUAUGAGUUUUGUUCCGUCCCUUAUUAUGGUAAUCUUUUUUCAAUGUUUUGCUUCUCUAUGUGCUUUUUUAAAAUUGGGAUCAGACAACCAGUUUGAAACUUUCAGGUUCCAGCCAUGGUAUGUUCAUGAUCUACAAUUGUCUUGAUAAAGACUUAGGGUAAAUGAAUGCACUUUUGUUGUGGGAACUGUCUUGUGAUCAUUGUUAAGGAAAUUUUUGGAGAUUUUGUGUGCCUCAUCAGCAGGUGCUCAAUAAAGGACUAGUUGUUGUUUAAAUGGGGACUCUAAAGCAUUCAAUCUGUUUUAUAUUUCCAUGGAGAGUGAAAUACAUGUAUUCAAAUAUAUUUUCAGCAUGCCAGUGAAUCCCUACUGCAGAAAAUGGUUGGCCUCAUCCAGAAAAGAUGACUCAUUGCAGAAUGCAUUACUCCUGUUAUCUUCCUUCAUAUUAUGAACGAAAGUAUCACACUGCCUUAUCCACUAAACUGGCAUCUGAGAUAUUGUGCAUCAGCAGUUUUAAUGGCUUGAAGCUAGUGUGUACAAAUUAUAUGUUUUUUGAUGUAAUGUGGUAAUUAUAUGAUGUAGUAUUCUGGUGAUGUAUUUUCGUCAAGGACAGCGAUAUGACAUGGCUAUUUAACAGGUUAAAACUUUAAUCAGUUAGUACUGAUACAGACCUUUGAGCUUAUCAAUGCAAUUAAAGAGAACAGUCACUUCAAACAGAUAAACAGCAACAACUUCCCAUCAUGUUUGUCACAAGGCAGCUAGCAAAGUGGUUUGAACAGACUGCAAGGUACUCAACCUUCUUUUGCAUUGUGAAGAAUUGGUAGUCUUCAAACAUAACUCACAAUAGUAUAGUUCACACACAGGCAUGCCUAUUUCCAGAUGGAUGGGCAGAUAUGAAAAUAAAUUUGCAUGAAGUUUCUGAACACUGCACUGCAUAUUGAAGAUUGGUGUCUUGCUAAUCAUAAGAUAACCUAAACUGCAUGGAAUAUUAUGACUGACUGCACCACUGAUCAUUGAACAGGGUGUAUGCUAACAGUGGUUAACAGAUUAGUAUUAUAAAUGGCGCUUACCACUGAAAAAUUAAAUUUACAUGAUUUUAGAAAUGUUUCCUUUUGUAAGAAGUGACAGCACCAGAGUUAAGCAUAAUUUUUAAACAUUUAUAAACACAUUUGUAAACACUAUUCAAGGGCACUGCCCUAAAUAAUCUGUUGUGCCGAAAUGUCUAUUGCAGUCAGAGAAUGCACGUGUUAUAGUACGUUAUAAAUUUUUCCUUGCAUUCAUAAAUGGUGAAAUACAAAACGAAACUGAUAUUAAAUCUAUUGGUUACUGCACAAGGUAUUGUAACCUAGAGCUUACCAGACCAGAAACAUAUUCAUUGCUUAAAAAUUGUGCAUCUAUGAAUAAUGCAUAUUUGUUCACACAACAUUCAAUUUUCAUUAGAUAUCAAAUACAGGAAAAACAGAUUUCACAGUGAAAAGUCUUUUUUUUCUCUCUUAUUCAUAGUUUGUUAAAUGUAUUGACUGUAGUAUCUUCUGGAAAAAUGUCUGUUUAUGUAGCUUUUGCUCAGUAUAUCUGUACACGUUGACUGUUUUAUUGCCUUUUGAUACUCUUGUACUAUAAUCAUAAUGGAGGAGCUCAUCUGUAAUAUUGGACUUAAAUGUUGAAAUAUGUAAGUUAUAUUAAAGAGACAUGUUGUUUGUAA